CACAGAGUUUAGCCAGGUUUAACCGCACAAGAGCGAUAUCUUUACACUUCAACAUUUCUCUCUCAGUUCCAAGAUUAUGGAGAAACCCUGCAUAUUGACCACCAAGCCUGGACCAAAGGGGAUUUACAAGUGUUUUAAACCAAACCUUGAGAAGCAUUUCACAAUUAUCGAGUAUGAGAAGUUUCUUGAAAAAAAAGAUUAUGCAGUAAAGAUCCAGGCCAUCUUUGUGUGCAGUUUCCUACCAAAGGUAAAUAAGGAACUUUUACAAGCAUUACCCAAACUUCAGGUUGUUGUGAAUUGUGGUGUAGGAGUGGACCACCUGGACAUACCACUAAUCAAUAGUCUCGGAGUGAAAGUGUGCAACACUCCCCAUGUAGUCGACAAUGCCACAGCGGACAUUGGGAUGGCAUUGAUGUUGUCAUCAGCAAGAAAAAUUAUUGAAGGACAUAACUUUUCAAAAUACCAUGAAUCAGAAUUCGUGCCUGAGACGUCUUUGGGCACUGAUGUCAGUGGUGCCACCUUGGGUAUUAUUGGUAUGGGAAGAAUUGGAUUUAAAGUUGCCAAAAGAGCUCAAAGUUUUGACAUGCGAAUCCUCUACCACAACAGGAAUCGCAGGACAGAGGAGGAUGAGAGGGCUGUUGGUGCUGUGUAUUGUGAGAAAAUGGAAGAGCUGCUGCAGAACUCGGACUUCGUAAUGAUUGUGGUCAAUCUGUCCCCUCAAACACACAAGCUAAUUGGUGCUAAAGAACUCGCCAUGAUGAAGUCCAGUAGUACCCUCAUUAACAUCAGCAGAGGUUUGGUUGUUGACCAAGAUGCUUUGGUUGAUGCGCUUCAAAAGAAAAUCAUAAAAGCUGCAGCUCUGGAUGUCACCUACCCUGAGCCACUUCCAAGAGAUCAUCCUUUAUUGUCAUUACCAAACGUAAUUGUCCUGCCGCACAUGGGGACACGCUCUAUGGAGACCUUUCAGAUCAUGGUGGAGAGAAUGAUUGUUAAUGCCUUGGCAGUUCUAAAUGGAGAACAACCUCCAGAUGAAGUGAAGAUAUAGAUCACAUCUACAUAUGUCACAAGCUCAUCUUUUGGUUUAACGGGGUUAAACGUUAUAUUUAAAAAUUUAAUAUAAAAUCAUGUUAUUUCUGAUCUGAUUUAAUCUGCCAGCAAUUAGGAGCAUGUCAAACUUCAAUACAGUACAUCUGUAUAUCUUAUUUGUCUGUUGCAAAUUAGUCAUCAUCUAUAUAUCAGACUAAAUGUAAAUAAAAUGUUCAAUAAAAGGGCACAGCAUUUCCAGCACUA